AAUUUCACUACGCAGCCCUUUGAAACAACGCCAGUUUCGGGAGGAGGAGCUCGCUAACGUUAGUCAUUAGCCAGCCAUUCGUAAACGUAGCUACCUAACUUACAUAUUCGCAUUUAUUGGAGACCCUCCGACAAUAAACCACCAAGAUGUUCAACAGAAUGACAAGCCUUUGGAUGGGUGAUCUGGACCCAUACAUGGAUGAGAAUUUCAUCAAACAGGCCUUCAGCACUAUGGGCGAGACGGCGUAUGGUGUUAAGAUCAUUACCCACAGAGUAACGGGAGGAUCGGCAGGCUAUUGCUUUGUGGAAAUGGCAGACGAAGCCAGCGUUGACCGAUGCGUUCACAGACUGAAUGGGAAGCUUGUUCCUGGAUCAAAUCCGCCCAGAAAGUUUAAGUUAAACUAUGCAACUUAUGGGAAACGGCCAGAAGCUGGCCUGGAAUUUUCAGUCUUUGUCGGAGAUCUGUCUUCAGAGGUGGACGACUACCAACUCCAUCAGUUCUUCCUGAAGAAGUACCCUUCCUGCAAAGGAGGGAAAGUGGUCUCUGAUCAGUAUGGUAACUCCAGAGGUUAUGGUUUCAUCAAGUUUGGGGACGAGAACGAACAGAAGAAAGCCAUCGAUGAGUGUCAGAACGCCUCAGGCCUGGGGACGAAACCAAUCAGGAUCAGCAUAGCUGUGAACAAGAGCCAUAAAAUGAACAGCUAUAACAACCAGAACCACAACUCCUACCACAACAAUUACCAACAGCCGUACUAUCAACAACCCAACCAGAACUACUACCCUCAUUGGGGCUAUGACCAGUACAACAGCUACAACUACGGUGGCUAUGGUCCCUAUGGAGGGUACCCUGCUCCAGGCCCCCAUGGGAUGAUGGGACCCCCACCUCCCAUUGGCAUGCCCACAGACAUGCAGACUUCCUCCGAGCAACCGCAGGAGUCCACAGAUGAGCCUGAAGAAGAGGCAGCAGAAGACCCCAACCCUCAGCUGGAUGUGGAUGCACUGAACACAGAAUACAUGGAGAGGAGCGAGGAACUCUACGAUUCACUCAUGAACUGUCACUGGCAGCCACUGGAUACCAUCACGUCAGAAAUCCCGCCUUUUUCCAGUUCCUGAUCUGUUUCAACUUGUCCUCUGAGUUUAGUAUGAAAUUAAUCUUCUAUAAAAGGGUAAAGUCGCACAGAAAAUGUCUUUUUUUAUCACCAGUCGACACACAGCAUGUUUCUUCGCUAUUGCCUUUGCCAUUUGUAUAUAUUGUCCACAUCCUUCCCAUCUUGUAUUUUUAUUUUAUGGAAGUAAUGUUAUUUUUCGCUGUGCACUAAACUUUCCUUCUAAAUUAUAGCUAAGUCUUUCUGGAAGUGCAUUUGUUUUUGGUUUGUUUGAUUUAGAAGCUGCAUUUUUUUAUUUGAUUAAAUGAAGUAAUCAAUUGUCAUCAUCUCCCAGACAUGAUUUUUGUAUUUAACACUGUUUUGAGUACCAUCUUAUCUUCAGGAAGAAAGAACAUUUUAGUUGUGAUUUCAUUUUAUUUUCACAGAUUAAAAACUUCAAGUUAAGCUUGUAUUUCAA